UUAGGCCUUUCCGUUUCCAAUUUAUAACGCGAAGGAGACCCAAAAGGCGAACCAAAUCGAAGUGGACGCUGGUAGUGGUAAAUGGCACUUCGAAGCCUGAGCUCAUUUACAGCCGUCCGAUUCGAAGCUCCCAAAUCCAACGGUGCUCCUAUUCCUCCUCCACGGCAUCAAGACCCUUUGCCCCGACUAUCUGUCACCAAGCCCUCUUGGGUCGUCCGCACAGAGUCAAAUGUUCACAGAGAAGUAAGAAGGAAGCCGGAUCCACCUUGUGAGGUCUGCACAGGGAGUGGAAGGGUCAAUUGCCACGAUUGUUAUGGAACAGGUAGGACAAACUCAGUUGACAUGCAAAUGCUCCCCAAAGGGGAAUGGCCAAAAUGGUGCAGGACUUGUGGUGGAAGUGGUUUAGGUUACUGCUCCCGCUGCCUUGGGACUGGAGAGUAUCGAUAUAUAAUGGGCUUUCAAUUCAUGAAGAUGGAUUCUUCUCAUAACCAAGACAACAAGAAUGAGGUUCAAAGGAAUCAAGACCGCCGUACUGCUGCAGAUUUCUAUGAAGAAUAGUUAACUUUAAGCCCCAAAAUGUGAAAACUGAGUCAGAGUAGCUAACAACCCUUCCGUAUAGAGCAGGUUUGCUAAGAACGGUAGUAAAAUAGGGAGGGAAAAGCAGAGAGUGAGAAAGAGAGAUAGCAACCCAUGUUGUGUAUAUACAUUUCAAUAUACUGAGUCUAUUCUGUGCCAAAAUUUGGUUAUGCCAAGUGGAAAUGCUAUCAAUUCGGAUAGAAAUUUGAGGGCUA